AUGCGACGGAACGCGAGCGACAGUUGCUUCGUUCGCCAGCAGCAGCAAAACGUGGAGAACACGACAUCAGCGACCAAGGGUUCCUGCUCUCGUCUGAUGGGUCGCUGCAGCAGCAACAGCUGCAUCCACGCUAUGAAGAAAAACGGCUCCAAUUCGUUACUAUCCGAGGCCGCUUCUACUCCUCAACGGACCCCGUUAUCAUCACUCACUAUGUUCCUUAAACGAAAGAGCGCCGUACGGCCUUCUGCAGUUGCCGAGCCUGUCUCCGAGCUUACCGCCGAGCCUGUCUCAUCCGCGUCCAAUUCGGAGAAGGCGAAGGCCGGAGUGGGCGAGAAAGACAAGGCGAAGGUGUUUCGCGCGGCUGUAUUCCCCGUCGCUGUGAUCGAAACCGACGAGGAGGAAAACGAACCUUCCGACGACGGGUCAUCACUAUCGAGCGUGACUAAAUCGGAAAGAGUGGGUGGUUUUCUCUCUACAAGCACCCCCGAGGACGCGCAGCAACCCCUGACCGCACCAGUCGCAGCAAAAGCACAGCAGACAAAAUUGACCCCAGCAGCAUGCGCGAAGCUUCCACCACCCGUUCCUUCCGGCAAGCAACCCGCCAGUCAGCCGGUCGACAUCAAGCAGCCGGCGACGGCCGUCCGUAACCGUCAGCAGAACCGUCCAAUCUUCCAGCGGCCGGUUCUGGACACGAUUCCGUCUGCACAGGAGCUGGAAAGCGGCGAGCUGCCGUUCUCUCUCUCUCUCACCAACAACCCAGUAACCUCCCCUCCGACUGUUACCACUCCCGGCGGUUCGUCAUUCUCCUCGUUCAUCCUCUCUCUGGUGACGCCACGUGGCAGCCAGAGACCUGCGUCGUCUGCUACCGCUUCGUCACAAUCCGCCGCAUCUUCCGUGUACUCGCUUUCUGAUUCCGAUGUGGAUUCGGACUCUGACGAGGAGAGAGAGGAAGAGGAGACGGGGAAAGGUGAAGGGGGAGAGGAGGACGGGAGCUGGAGCAAGCUGGCAUCUGUUGGCAAGUCCGUGAGUUUCGAAGGGAGGAAGACGGGGGUUCAGAGCGGUGGAGCUGGGUUCUGGAACCGGAAGAGGUGGCUGUCGUUCUCCCCUCGCUCCGCGUCCGCUGCUCGGGCGUGUGCGCGGGCUGUUGCUGCUGCGGACGUUGGUAAUGGUGAUGGUGAUGGUCGUGGGGCCAAGUGUGUCAAGUCCACGCCGUCCUCUUCAUACACGUCACCUUCGAAGCGUUUCUUGACGAGCCCUGACGCAGCUUCGGAAUCCGGUUCGGCAAGCUCUGUUCCUGCUGGAGCUCCGGGAGGAGGUUCGGAUGCAGGUUCGGGAGGGACAUUCGGUGGUGGUUUGGGAACGGGCGGCAGGAUCAAAUCUGGAGCGAGGAUGGGGAUGCUAUCCAGAAGCAUGUCGGAACGACUGCCGCCACUCACUCCGCUGGCCACUGUGCUGGACUGCGACAUGCCGCUGACGUGGACUGCCAGCCUGGACCCGGAUUUGUGGGCGGUUCCGGAGCACGGGGCCCAUGGGGGUGGCGGAACUACGGGCGAGAAGUCAUGGCAUCAGGAAAAGGACAAGGACAGCAAGUUGGCGGCCCGCCGCCCAUUCAGCAUUGAGUUGCCGGCCAGGAGCACCAGGGUCGAUUUGGCAGGGGAUGCUGUGGUGUCGCCGCCAGCUGUCACGCCGCGAUUGCCCGAGCUGACGGAGGAGUCGUUUCUGCUGUCGGAGGCGACGCGUGCAGCGGUGUUCAAGCACCUGCCUGCCACUGUCAGCAGCCGCAAAUGGGUGCUACUCUACAGCACGGUGAAGCAUGGCAUAUCACUUCUCACGCUCUACCGCAGGGCAUCCAUGCUUCCCGGCCCCUGCCUCCUGGUGGUAUCAGACAGCGCAGGCACAAUCUUCGGCGCCUUCUCCUCCCCAUCCGCGCUCACCCCAUCGGACCGCCGCAAGUACCAGGGCAGCAACCACUGCUUCGUCUUCUCCGACAUCUCGGGCUCCCCCACGGUGCAUGCUGCGACUGGUCGCAACCACUACUACGUGCUACCCACACAUGAGUGCCUCGCCUUUGGUGGAGGCGGGAGAUUCGCGCUUCGCCUGGAAGAAGACCUGCUGUCAGGAUCCAGUGGCGAGUGUGACACCUUCGCCAGCCCGUGCCUGGCGGGGAAAGAGGACUUUUGUGUCAAACACGUUGAGCUGUGGGGGUUCGCCCAUUUGUCGCGCUACACGCCAGCCAGAGCAGCAUGGAAGGAGCCAGAGAUGCGCCACAGCUUCCACGCCUAG